AUGUGGCUCUGUGGGGUACAAAAAGUUGUGAUAACCGAUCCGCCAACCACCUUACCACCUGCAUCCGGAGCCUUGCCAGAACCUCCAAUGUGUGGAUUACAAGUGGCGGAUCGUAUUGUUGGUGGGGAGGUAACUGAACCAGACGAGUUCCCAUGGACGGCCCUGAUCGAGUAUAAAAAGCGAGACGGAACAUUUGGCUUGCACUGCGGUGGGUCACUUAUCAACGAACGUCAUGUUCUAACAGCUGCACACUGCGUCACCGAACUCCCUCACGGCUGGACGGUGCACCGCGUACGGCUUGGCGAAUGGGAUGUGAGUUCAGAUCCGGACUGUUAUCAAUAUGUAAACAACAGUGAACCGGAAUGUUUUGCUUCAUCAAUCGAUUUGGAACCCUUUAAAAUCAUCAAACACAAUGGUUACGAUACGCGGGAUGCGAGUAAGGCAAACGACAUCGCUCUGAUUCGCUUUGCCAGAGCCGUGGAGUACACCGAUACGGUUCGCCCGAUCUGCCUCCCGGUUUCGCAGGCUUUGCGGCGUAAAGAUCACACCGGGAUGUUGGCCUGGGCUGCCGGUUGGGGCAAAACGGAGUCUAACUCGCGUAGCGACAUCAAGCUAAAAGUCAACCUAACGAUUAACAGCCUACAGCAAUGCUCACCAGCCUAUCGGCGUAACGGAAUCGCCCUAAAGCCGGUACAUUUGUGCGCCGGUGGUAAACAUGGCAAGGAUACCUGCACUGGAGAUUCUGGGGGUCCACUAAUGCGGUCCAUGGCCGGUACCUGGUAUUUGCUGGGAGUGGUCAGUUAUGGGCCUGCAAAGUGUGGUUCCUCGGGCGUAUCUGGUAUCUACGUUAAUGUGGCGGAGUAUAUCGAUUGGAUUCAAGAAAAUAUUAUAUAGGUUUUGUCUGAUGUUAGCAAUACCGCGAUGUAUCUUUACAACAAACACGACAUUAAAAUAUUGUAUUAAAUUAUAAUUCUUGUAGUUUCC